UUUAAUAUUCUUGCUGACACGGAGUUUUAGUCGUUUUUUCUCAAAUAAACUUGGAUAUUCCAACUUCACAGUUUAUUCUCACAAUCUACUUUCAUUUGGAAUCUCUAGACGCAGCAGCUACUUGGCAGUUUGGUCUAGGAAUGAACACCUAUGAGUAGCCUGUAUUGUUGUUUCCACUUCUCUUUCUAAUUAUCUUCAUCCACCAUGUGUUAACUUCUGCACUGUGACUGUUUCGUAACCUGAUCAAUAUAAAGACAACCCAUUCAUCAGCUGCUUAUUGCAUAUUCAUAAUGAGAGAUGAUAGUGUGCCAUGUUGCCAGCCCGAAUUCUGGGCAUAUCUUGUCGCAUGUUUCAUCCUUGUGUCAUUUGCUGGUAUCACAUCAGGCCUUGCCCUAGGCCUCUUGUCAUUCAGCAAAGUUGAUCUUGAGGUCCUUAUCAAGGCUGGUCAGCCCCAAGACCGGAAAAAUGCAGCAAAGAUUCUGCCAAUUGUGAAGAACGAGCAUUUACUGUUGUGUACCCUCCUUAUAGUCAAAUCACUGGCAAUGGAGGCACUACCCAUUUUCUUGGACUCGAUUCUCCCAGCCUGGGCAGCCAUUCUCAUGUCAGUCACUCUUGUAAUUACAUUUGCAGAGAUCAUCCCUCAAGCUGUUUGUUCUCGACAUGGACUAAGUCUUGGCGCAAAUUUAUCUCCCUUGGUUCGAUUUCUUCUGCAGCUCUUCUAUCCUGUAGCAUACCCAAUUAGCAAGAUGCUAGAUUGGCUGCUGGGAAAGGCACAUUCUGCACUUUUAAGACGAGCAGAACUAAAGACAUAUGUGGAUUUGCAUGCCAAUGAGGCAGGGAAAGGUGGAGAGUUGUCGCAUCAUGAAACUACUAUUAUUUCUGGUGCUUUGGAUUUGACACAGAAGAGUGCUCAAGAUGCUAUGACACCAAUAUCUGAAAUCUUUAGUCUAGAUAUAAAUUCCAAACUUGACAUGCAUACAAUGGGCUUGAUAAUGAACAGAGGACACAGUCGUGUACCCAUCUACUCAGGAAGUCCAAAUAAUCUUAUCGGCAUCAUUCUGGUUAAAAAUCUGAUCUUCUGCCAUCCUGAAAAUGAAACACCAAUCAAACAUAUGAGUAUUAGAAGAAUUCCUCGGGUCUAUGAUGAUUGGCCACUAUAUAAUAUACUGAGUCAAUUCCAGAAGGGUCACAGCCACAUGGCUUUUGUUGUGAAGAGAAACAAGGAUGUGAAAAUCACCGCCCAUAAUGUAGGCAAACCUAUUGUGUUGACUAUUGACUCUGGUUCAAUUUCAAAACAAGCAAAAGAACAGAGGAAAGAAAAUAGUUCCCCAUAUGAUCGGAUUGCAAACAUUAUUAUCUCCACAAAUACUUCCCCUCUAUAUUCUACCGACUCGGAGUUCCAAAGUCCAACAAUUAAGAGUGUAGUUGAACAGGACAAAGAAUUGCAUCCGCAAGGUAAAAACUGGGAGCGAGGGGUUGGAGAUACUUCAUAUGAAGAUUUAGAAUCUCUUCCAAGUAAUUUGGAUGAGGAGAUAAUUGGAAUUGUAACAAUGGAGGAUGUUAUGGAGGAAUUGCUACAGGGAGAAAUAUUGGAUGAAACUGAUGAAUAUGUAGCUGUCCACAACAAAAUCAGAAUCAAUCUGUUACGUUCAAGAACAUCACCAGGAUCUUCUGGAAGAGUUUCUGUAUCUCAUCUUGAUUGGAAAACUCCGCAGCCAUCUCCACUUUCUUCAUACACUCCCAUACUCCGUUCACCCAUACCUCCAUAUAUUCAGCCACCACUCGAAAGACCAACUUUAUAUGCUUCUCCAGGAAAACCUACGGUCUCAAGGAAGCCGUAGCAAAGAGCCUAGUGGCUUUUGAAGCUCCUACCCGUUAAUAAUAGAUUUAUAUAUCGUCAGAACAAAUCCUAAUACCAUCCUUGGUACAUUACAAUGCGCAAAAUAUAUCUGAGUUUUUUUUUUUUCUUGGAACUAGUUCAAUUAUUCAGUAUAGUAUUUCCUCCAUUUUUGUAUUGGUUUGAAAUUCAAUUAUUUUCUUGUCUUUCUUGCAAAAUCCAUCAACUGCACUUGCCCCAUUAUAACUUCAA